CAGCGGGGCCAAGACACCACCACCACCACCACCACUACCAACCCCGUCUCAAUCUUCAAAAACCUCUCCCAAGAAAAGGUUCUGGCGCCUCCUCAACACAACUCUCCUCUCCUUUGGCUUGUACUCACCUUCCAAUCCUUCCCACUUCCUACCCUCCUCUCUUCUCCAUCAUCACCUUCCUCCUCCCAUAUCCACCAUAAUUACAAUCCUCAAUUCCUGUCGCACACCAAUCGCUCACGAAGCUCAUUGUUGAAGCUCCUUUCCCCCAACCAUUUCUUAACCCCGAACCUCCCGCCAUGCCUUCCGCUAUCCCAAGUGGCACAACCGGUGCUGGUUCUGCCUCUCCCGCGACCGGACCGGGCGCGGGCAAUGCCAACGACAACAUCCGCCGCUUCGCUGCUCCCAGCCGGCCUUUGAGCCCUCGUGCUGAGCACGCUCUCUUCCACAACAAGACGCGAUGCUUCGUGUACGGUCUGCAGCCAAGAGCCGUGCAGGGCAUGCUCGAUUUCGACUUCAUCUGCAAGCGCUCCACACCAUCCGUUGCGGGUAUCAUCUACACUUUCGGUGGACAGUUCGUCAGCAAGAUGUACUGGGGAACCAGCGAGACCCUCCUCCCUGUUUACCAGAGCGUAGACAAGGCGAUGGCCAAGCACGCUGACGUCGAUACCGUUGUCAACUUUGCUUCGUCGCGCAGCGUGUACCAGUCCACCAUGGAGCUCAUGGAGUAUCCUCAAAUUAGGUCCAUUGCCAUUAUCGCCGAGGGUGUCCCAGAGAGGCGUGCACGCGAGAUCCUACACGUUGCGAAGAAGAAGGGUAUCACCAUCAUUGGCCCGGCCACUGUUGGUGGAAUCAAGCCCGGAGCAUUCAAGAUCGGCAACACUGGUGGCAUGAUGGACAACAUCGUGGCGUCCAAGCUCUACCGCCCUGGCUCCGUCGGAUACGUCUCCAAGUCCGGAGGCAUGUCCAACGAGUUGAACAACAUCAUCUGUAACACAACCGAUGGUGUCUACGAGGGUGUUGCCAUUGGUGGUGACAGAUACCCCGGCACGACAUUUAUCGACCAUCUCCUCCGAUACCAAGCCGACCCAGACUGCAAGAUCCUCUUAUUGCUGGGUGAGGUUGGUGGAAUCGAGGAGUACCGCGUCAUCGAGGCCGUCCAGGACGGAACCAUCACCAAGCCAAUUGUUGCCUGGGCGAUCGGAACCUGCGCGAGCAUGUUCAAGACCGAGGUUCAGUUCGGACACGCUGGAUCGUUCGCCAACUCGCAGCUCGAGACCGCUGCCAACAAGAACAAGGCCAUGAAGGAGGCCGGCUUCCACGUCCCCGAGACCUUCGAGGACAUGCCCGCACUCCUCAGCUCUGUGUACCAGACCCUCGUCAAGGCCGGCAGCAUCAAGCCAAAGGCCGAGCCGAUCGUGCCCAAGAUCCCUCUCGAUUACUCGUGGGCGCAAGAGCUUGGCCUGAUCCGAAAGCCAGCCGCCUUCAUCUCCACCAUCUCCGAUGACCGUGGCCAGGAGCUUCUGUACGCCGGAAUGCCCAUCUCGGAUGUCUUCAGAGAGGACAUUGGAAUCGGCGGUGUCAUGUCCCUCCUCUGGUUCCGUCGCCGUCUCCCGGACUACGCGAGCAAGUUCCUCGAGAUGGUUCUCAUGUUGACUGCCGACCACGGCCCCGCCGUCUCCGGUGCCAUGAACACCAUCAUCACCACCCGUGCCGGCAAGGACCUCAUCUCCGCCCUCGUCUCCGGUCUCCUCACCAUCGGCUCCCGCUUCGGUGGCGCCCUCGACGGCGCCGCCGAGGAGUUCACCCGGGCCUACGACAAGGGUCUCAGCCCACGUGACUUCGUCGACAGCAUGCGCAAGCAGAACAAGCUCAUCCCCGGCAUCGGGCACAAGGUCAAGUCGCGCAACAACCCCGAUCUCCGCGUCGAGCUCGUCAAGGAGUUUGUCAAGAAGCGCUUCCCCAGCUGCAAGAUGCUCGACUACGCCCUCGCCGUCGAGUCCGUCACCACCUCCAAGAAGGACAACCUGAUCCUCAACGUCGACGGCGCCGUCGCCGUCUGCUUCGUCGACCUGAUGCGCAACUGCGGCGCCUUCAGCGCCGAGGAGGCGGAGGACUACCUCCAGAUGGGUGUCCUCAACGGACUCUUCGUCCUCGGUCGCUCUAUCGGUCUCAUCGCCCAUUACCUCGAUCAGAAGAGGCUGCGUACUGGCCUGUACAGACAUCCUUGGGAUGAUAUCACCUACCUCCUCCCUACGCUGCAGUCGGGCGCGCCGGGCUCGGAGGGCCGUGUUGAGGUGCAGAUGUAGAGGGGCCAAGGGAAGGCAUGGGGGGGGGGGGCUGUAAUCUAAUCUUUGCUGCUUGGGAGUUUGACGCGCUAUGCUAGCUGGUGUGUCACGGUCAUAUUGUUGAUCGACGUUGAAAAUCAUUGACAUUAGGUCAUGCAAAUAAUGAACAUAAAAUUUAUAGAGCAAUCUUCACUGAGCCUGUUUGCGUGUGACCUUGCGUUCAGUGAGUGACGACUACUCGUACUUUGGAUCAACGUGCAAUGAUCGUCUCCCCCCUUGUAGAAGUAUAGUCCAAUAAAAACCCGAGUAAUGUUAUGCUGCUUUACCACUCGUACGAGUAUACCUUUUGACUUGGCAAAACAUGA